AGUCUUUCUUUGCGAAAAAAGUAGGGGUAGUGAUUUCGAUUCAACUUUCUCAAGGAGUUUUUGGGAAAGAUUGCACACAUCAAAGCGUAGGACUUGAGUUGACGACAUACGUUGCAGUAGCUCUGUCCCCCUUGGGGACCUUGCUGCAGAUAUUUUAGCGAAGAUAUACUAGUGCUGCUUUGCAUUGAUCUAUCCUCAUUUACAUUUUCUUGCAUUCCAAAAUCGUUGCAAUAUGUGUUGAAGGAGUAAUAUUUUGAUUUUAUAUUUUACUAGCUUCUUUUAAUAUAACUUUUUCGACGACUUCGACCAUCACUUGUUCUUCAUACAUAAACAUACACAUCACAUUGAUUCACAUUGUAAGUCCUUCUGCCGUCUCUUGAACGAGGAGUCUGCCGUCUCUUGAACGAGGAGAACAGACCGGGACGAAAAUGACGUACAAGAAUUCUUACCAAGCCAGCGAGGAGGAGGGCCAGCUCCUCUUGGAGAGUGAGCAAUGGACGCAGGAGGAUGCUAUGGACCAAGUGAAGGUUGUCUCUGACAACUACAGAGCUCAGGUACUUCAACACAUCUGUGAAUGUGUUAGAAAUACAGACUGCAUGAAAAUAUAUAACUUUCAUCAAGUAAAGAAAGUGUAUUCAGUUUCUUUUUCGAGAUCGAGAGGUAUCAUAGACCUAUAAUUCUUAUCCAAGAUGAAGAUCCAUUCAUACAUGGACGUAAUUAAACGUGAUAAACAGUGCGCUCGCGAGCUUGAUUCUGACCUGUCCGGGGAUGACGAGCACGCGACAGAAGAGCUCAGCUAUGAGGAGUACCAUGAGAAAGUGGAUGCAAUCUACGAGAAAACUGACUGGAACGCGAAAGGCGACGAGCAGAAAUUUCCGAUGACAUCCGUCGGAGCCAUUUUCUCAUUGCUGGCUUCGAUCUUCGGUAAAAUUACUAUGAUUGGACUUCUUGAUUUGUAUCACCCUCGUUCAGUUGGAUGAAGAAUAUGAUGAUGAUAUUUAGGGGGUACUGAAUAUCGUCGUAGAGCACUACUUCAUUAGACUACUACUUAUUUGUUGAGUAAAUGAUGGAAAUCGAAAUGUAUGAUGUCCUACGCAAUAAUUGUCGAAAAAAGGUGUCGGAAUUUUGGAGCAGCCAAAGAUCAUGCAGCAAGUUGGUUUCCUUACUGGAAUCAUUAUCCUUUUGUUUUCGGUGUGGGUAUCCCACAUGGGCGGUUAUUAUCUGGGUAUUGCAGCUCGCAUGACAGGAAAGAAAUCCUUGGGAGAAAUCGCCAAAACAGCUGGAGGAGUGCUUGGAUUGGUACAUGAAUUUCGCAUCUUUGGAUGUAGUUGCUUUUAGAAGUAGGUAGCACCAGGUUAUAACUGAUGGUUCGUUUUUGUUUUUUGAUGAAGGUUCCUUUAUUCAAGUACUUCUUACCCUGAAGGAAAACAGAAUGCUUGAAUCUUGACGGCGAUGUUGAAAAGAACAAAAUAUUUUAUGAAAAAUCAGAUUUUGAGCGUGUACUCCCUUUUGGGUUUGUGCAUCCUCGCUUCCAUCGGUUAUGCUUGCUCCUGGUGGGCAUACACCAGCGAGUUGUACGCGCGCAUGGGUUUGAUCGAUAUUGAGACAGCCCAGACUUCCAGCGGCUUUGCCAGUGUGCGGACGCUUGUGAUCUCGGUUAUGCUUGUGGUUCUCUUCCCGGUGUGCUGCCAGCGUGACCUCUCCGCGCUAGCCACCUUCUCCUUCGGUGCCGCGGGCGUCUAUGUCGUGCUCGUUUUCCUGAUGGCCUACUACUGGAUCGCGGAUUACCUCGCUGCAGACCCGAUGCAGUGGGACGCGGAUCUCCGCUACAAGUGGACCUUGGGUGAGCACAACAGCGUGCCUCUCGUGACCCCGACUGGUCAGGGACAAUCCGCUUUUCACAGCAUUAACCUGAACGCGAAUGCUGGAGCAGGCUCUCUUGGUAAGGUUUGGGCGGACGCCAAUGCCGAACGAGCCGCAGCGAAGGAGCCAGCAGCAAUCGCAAGCGCCAAUGAGAAGGUCGCCGCAGCGCGCAACCAGGUGGAGGGUGCCGUCGACGUGCUGAACCAUCCGUGCCACGGUAUGUUCGGCUUUGAGGCUUCCUGGUUCUUCGGAGGAAGUUUCCAGGCUCUCUUCAUGGCGGUCGGACUGAUGAACACCGCUUUCGCUUGUCACUUCUCGUGCGUCGAUGUUUUCGGCAAAGAGAUGCAAAAACCCACGAGAAAGAAUAUCAACUUCGUCAUGGGCCUUUCCCUCGCCGUGACAGCCGUCAUCUACGCUGGCUUUAUGGCUAUGGGAUGGAACUACGCGCGCAAGUUCCAAGACAUUUCUGUGACCCCAGUCAGUGAGGAAAUCUCAGUGAACGUAGGCGGCGCGACCCAGAAGCAGACUGUCGCCACCUCCUAUUCUGGUACUCCAUCAAGGUGAAUUCUCUUUGCUAGUACGUAGUGUAUCUUCGAAUGAUCAUAAUGCUCGGACUACUUUGAUUAUAAUAUAAUAUAUGUGUCCUCCUGAUCAGCAAUAUCAACAUCUUCAACAUCUUCAACGCAACAGUUUUAACAUCAGGGAAAUCCGUAAAACUCAGAAGAGACUCAGGGAAGUCGUAGGACAAUUCCGAACCGACUAACAUCAUCAUAAUACAUGUGUCCAUCUCCCGAAGAUUAUAAUAUAUGUGUGAAGAGGAUUGUAGAACAACACAGGUCGGCGCUGGUUCACUACGUCGUCGUGAAGUGGAUUCAAAGUCUCGACGAAGUAGUGAGCCAGCGCUUCGGGAGAUGGAUCAUUCGGAAGAUCUGCACUCAGUCUCAGUGAACCAAAGAGUGUACUAUUGUUGUACUAGGAUGUUGAUGCAGUAGAAUAGGUUACUCUUAAGACUUUCUGAAAUCCAUCUUCGGAAGCAUCUUGGACCUCCCGCGUAAGGGGGAAACGGAUCCAGGAUGACUUUCCAGAUGGAUUCCCGGAAGGUCCAACAUUCAGUCAAAUUCUCAGGUGUGUGCCAGCAGGGGGCUCAGGAUGCUAUCCUGAAGAACAUGAAGAAUCCUGACGACGAGUUUCAACCGACUUUGAUUGCCGUUGCUCAGUUUGUUGUUUUUCUGGUGUUGUACUUGACUUACCCGCUGUUUAUCAGCGCCGCGCGAUCGACUAUCCAUGGUCUUCUCUGGCCAGACGAGAAGAGCGGAUUUUUGAAGCACACUGCCGAAACUGGUGCUCUCUGCCUAAUCACGUGGUUGGGUGCUGCAGUCAUCCCGAAAGUUACGAUUGUCCUCGCCUUCGCUGGCUGCGGUCCGGGAUUGGCGCUCGUGUUGAUCCUUCCCGGCUACAUCAUGCUUUGCUUGAACAGAAGCCUCCCCUGCUCCCACAAGGACCGCGUCAUCCCCUGGGUGCUCGUCAUCUUCGGUACUUGCGCAGAUUUAGAUUGAAAAGUAUACGCGAUUUGAUUUCAGCUUGGUAAUAUAAGUAAGUAGUUUUCACCUUUUACCUCGUGAUUUUAGCUAAUUUGUGCAGGAAAAAAUGGUCGUAACUCCCUGGUCGUCCUCUGAAUUAAGUUACCUGGGAACAAAACCAAAAAAUUAUUGGCUUUCAUCUUCGUUUUCUCUCAUGCUCAUCAAAGGUACCAUUUUGUCUUUGGGUGGUAUUAUUCUGACCGUGAUUUACGGUGCGGAAUGGGACCGCGCAGCUAAUGUGGAUAUGAGCCACGAAGCUGUGACUUACGCUAGACAGCCUCCGAAGCUGCAGAUCACGCAUGCAGCACCCGAUGCUCCGAGCCAAGUUGUCAGUUUUUUUGAGAUGACGUCACCAGCACAAGGAGCACCGGCACCGACCGGACCGCAAGACUCUGAAAAGCUCCGAUGGUUCGAAUGGAACAAGAACGGCAGCCGAGAAGAUCCCACUGCCUGGACACUCACAGCAGAAGAAGUCACCAGAGCAGAAAAGGUAAACCACAUUAAUAAGUAGGUGGUACACUACAUCAAUAUAUAAAUUAAAAUUUAGAUUGCCUAUCUUCUAUUGUAUACCUAAUAUGAGAGCCACCAACUUUUGUUGAGCUCAACCUGAAUUGGACGAUAUCGACUGCAACCGGCCCAUUUUUUUCAGGUGAACCGGCACAAGGCAUUGGCGGUCGCGAAGUCGUACUUCGAGGCGGUUAAGGCAAGAGACGCUGCUCAGACGGAAGUGAACGCCCCCGGGACCGACGCAGCUGCGAAAGCCAAGGCAGAGAAAAAGCUGGUAGCCGCUAAAAUGACAGUGGAGCGCUCCUUAGCCAAGGCUAAGCAAGCGGUGUCUGUUGCGGAGCGGAUCUAUAAGCAGGACAUCAAGGAACUCGAGGAGAAAGCGCGCACAGCUGGGGCCCAAGGAUUGAGCCAGGAGCAAACCGCACGUCUCGCUCAAAUGAAAGCAUUUCGCACCAAUUUCUGGGACCGGGAGACAAACGGCGAACUUCACAGUCUGAAGACCCAGGUAGAAGCUGCAGCACGAGCAACGCCUCAGCAGCCGCAACUCUGAUCAACCAUAGGCAAAACUUCUACUAGUUAUACGACUACUACAACAACGAACAAGUAGUAGUAACUCAAGAUCAUUUACUUUUACAUUUUCACAUCGAGUAGAACCACUUUAUCUCCACAAAGGCAGAACAAGAAUUGGUCGCCAUGAUACAAAAUAGGAGGUCAAUGCCUUCAAUAGGUGGUAUGAUUCAUGUUACGACACGAGGCGUGGUCCAUCUCCUCCAUAUAUAUUAAGUCAAGAGCAGGUCAUGAAGCCAAAAGUUCUUGAUGAGAAGACCUCAUGAUGUUCUUGUUUGCGGAGUCAACCUCUGAUAUCUCAAACAAGCAGUUGAUGAAGUUGUUCCCGAUGUGGUGAUGGAAAGUGUUUUGGUACUAACUGGUGCUAUAAAGAUGUUUAUUUAGAAGUAGAAGAUGUGAGUCUCGAAUGGUUGUCGUGGUCCUUAAUUGCUCCUUCUGUAUUCGACUACGACUUCUUAGAAAAGUCGGAAUUUUAACAUCUAGAACUAGCUCGCUUUAAAAUGAGUAAUACAUGAAGCCUCAGUAACAAAUGAAUUGAAAAUCUGAUGAUACGGAGGUUGAUAUUUAUUAGAUGAAGAACUCGCACCCUUGGUUUUGAGCCGAAGAGCACCCGGACCCGGAAGUUGAAAACGAUAUAUUAAGUACAUAAUAAAUAUAUAUAAUAUACCGGUGCGAGGAUUCAGGUUUAUUAUUUCUUCUUUUUUCUUUGUUGUAUCUCCUAUGUAUGACAAAACCACACAUAAAGAUUAAUUUUCUUCGCGUAACCCAAUUUAAGUAGAUGAUGAAGAUUUUCAUCUUUGUCAUUGUCACUUUCCCGUAAUCAUGGAUUUAAGUUGCACCAGUGCACGAUCUCGGCGUUGGACUAGGCUGUGUGGUUUCUAAUAGGUAGAAGUCAAGCGGCGCGCACCUCAGAACUUAGAAGGAAUUCAAAUUACCUGAAAUGUGUGUGCUGAUUUUUUUCCUUCCGACAUAAAGAUAAAAGCAACUCAUCCACAGAUGCCUAAGGUCGGUGGAUAGGGUUUUGGUCUGAGACGAAUCGAUUAGAGAAUUUAGUAGAUCAUACAUAUUCACGCUGUCCGAGUCCGAGUGCCGUACGGAGCGGCAGUGGUGAUCGUGAUGAAGGAAUGAAUGAAUGAUCACUACUACUAUGACAACCACGAGGUUUUAUUGGGAAAGGCAAGAUCGGCAUUUCAGACACCACAAAAGUCAUCGCUUCUACUUGAUCAGAGCCACAGGUUGUUCUUUGUUUUGUCGUUUUGUGCUCAGAAGUAAUGUGUUUUUAAUGCCUGUCGUUGACUUCACUCAGAUAAUUUUCAACGUGGCCGGAUCACAUUUGUUCAACGACAUCAUAACUUUGGUAGAAUGAAAGCAUGCAUAUAUAAAUAUGUAAGGCUGCAGGUGCGUCGGCACUGACUAGUUUCUUCGCACGCUAGAAGCAUUUCUCGCCUUCUGAGGUCGAAGUCGUGGUCUCUUAAAUGUUCAGUAUUUUUGGUGUUCUGACGAGCCAGACUUUUCUUGGGCCGAACCCGAAGUCCAGAGCCGAACAUGAGUAGGUGGAAGGCGAAUUGUAUUGCCUUCAGCGGUUGAUAAGAGCAACCCAAUGCGCAUCAAAUAUCCUGUGUAUAUGCCGGGCCGGCGCAUCGUCCGUGAAAUGGAAGACUUCGCUGCGCCCACCCCAGCUGGUGCGCUGGCCCUUUUGUCGAAGCCUUUGAAAUAGAAAAAUUGAAAUUGUUCUGCAUGAAAAAA